GAGUAGUUGGCUAAGGUACCAACCUAGGAAUCAUCGUCGUUUGUUUACCGUUUAAACGUGAGCCAAUAAGACACCCUCUCGUUGAUUAACGGGGUCACUCAUUCCAACCGAGUUCACCCUUUCGCAUCCUCGACGAGUCCGCCACUUCUUCUCACCUAAAAACCCACCCCAUCUAUAUAAAAACUCUACCAGACAUUUCAUCAAACACCUUCAGUGCAUUCUUUUUCUCUCUACUCUCUUGAUUAAUUCGUAGCUAUGGAAGCCUCUCCAGCUCUCUCUCGCAUAGGGCUUGCGGGCCUUGCUGUAAUGGGUCAGAACCUGGCGCUUAACAUCGCUGAGAAAGGGUUCCCAAUCUCUGUUUACAAUCGGACUAUUUCCAAGGUUGAUGAGACGAUAGAUCGAGCUCAGAAUGAAGGUCAACUGCCUUUGACUGGUCAUUAUAAUCCCAAGGAUUUUGUGUUGUCUUUGAAGAAACCCAGAUCUGUGAUUAUCUUGGUGAAGGCUGGGGCUCCUGUGGACCAGACUAUUGAGGCUUUGGCAGCUCAUAUGGAGCCUGGUGAUACGAUUAUUGAUGGGGGGAAUGAGUGGUAUGAGAAUACGGAGAGGAGGAUUGUGGAGGCGAAGAAGAAUGGGUUGCUUUAUUUGGGGAUGGGGGUUUCUGGUGGGGAAGAGGGGGCAAGAAAUGGGCCUUCUUUGAUGCCGGGUGGGUCGCAGCAGGCGUAUGGGAAUGUGCAGGAUAUAAUGGAGAAAGUAGCUGCUCAGGUGGAGGAUGGGCCGUGUGUGACUUAUAUUGGGGAAGGGGGGUCAGGGAAUUUUGUUAAGAUGGUCCAUAAUGGGAUUGAGUAUGGGGAUAUGCAGUUGAUUUCGGAGGCGUAUGAUGUGUUGAAGAAUGUUGGGGGGUUGAGUAACGCGGAGUUGGCGGAUAUUUUUGAUGAGUGGAAUAGGGGGGAGUUGGAGAGUUUCUUGAUUGAGAUUACGGCGGAUAUUUUUAAGGUUAAGGAUGAGGAGACCGGAGAGGGGGAGUUGGUGGAUAAGGUUUUGGAUAAGACUGGGAUGAAGGGUACUGGGAAGUGGACGGUUCAGCAGGCUGCGGAGUUGUCUGUCGCUGUUCCGACAAUUGCUGCUUCUUUGGAUGGGAGGUUUUUGAGUGGGUUGAAAGACGAGAGGGAGGCUGCUUCAGAGGUUUAUAGUGGAAUUGGGGGAGUGACAAGUUCGGUGGAUAAGAAGAGGUUGAUUGAUGAUGUGAGGCAGGCGUUGUAUGCUUCUAAGAUUUGUAGUUACGCCCAAGGUAUGAAUUUGUUGAGGGCAAAAAGUGAUGUGAAGGGUUGGAAUUUGAAUUUUGGCGAAUUGGCUAGGAUUUGGAAAGGUGGGUGUAUUAUUAGAGCUGUGUUCCUGGAUAGGAUUAAGAUUGCGUAUCAGAGGAAUCCUAAUUUAGCUAGCUUGUUGGUAGAUCCUGACUUCGCUAGGGAGAUGGUGCAGAGGGAGAAGGCAUGGAGGAGAGUUGUGGGAUUGGCUAUUGCUGCUGGGGUUAGUACUCCAGGGAUGUGUGCUAGUCUUUCAUAUUUUGAUACUUACAGGCGUGCCAGACUUCCUGCUAACCUCGUUCAAGCUCAGAGGGAUUUGUUUGGGGCACAUACCUAUGAAAGGGUUGAUCGUCCUGGAGCAUUUCAUACAGAGUGGACAAAGCUUGCACGCAAGAGUGGCAGCAGGGUUGCUGCACUGAAAUGAGGACCCGUUGUAUCAUCUGUUAGUUGCUUAUUGCCAAAAGUUUUUGAUGUUUUAAUCUGAAUUUGAAUUGCAUAAGAUGUUGAGGAUAUCCUUCUUGUAGGAAUGAUGACUGUUGUUUAGCCUCACAUUUUUGGUUUCUGUUUUAAUAAGUUGUGCAUGUUUUAUGAGUAUUACAUGCGCUUAAUUUAUGCAGAUGAUAGUUCCGUUGUGGUCUAUUACCUGAUCUUUGAAAACCCUAUGAACAUAACUUGUCAGCA